AUGAAUAGCUCUUUUUUCAAUAAUCAUUACCGCUUUUCUCUUUUUCUGUUUUUCUUUCUUUCUUCGUUAAACUAUUUUGUCUUACAUUCUUUUGCUUGUGAUUUUUUGGUUGGUUUAUCUUCUUUCUUUCUUUCUUUCUUUUUUUCUUUCUUAAGCUAUCAUCUAUCGCGUUUAACUAUCCUUUGUUUUAUUUUUGUAUGUUCCCAUGUUUUUCUUUCACUCGUCUGUUUUCUUUUACUUUUCACUACUCUUUCUUUCAUUUUGAAUUUUCUUUCUUUCCUUCUCAAUCUUUUAAUUGCCCUUUCUUUCAUUUUGAAUUUUCUUUCUUUCUUUCUCAAAGCUUUAUUCUUUCUUUUUCUUCUUUCUCUCUUUCUUUCUCUCUUUCUUUCUCUCUUUCUUUCUUUCUUUCUUUCUUUCUUUAAGCUAUUUACUUUAGCUUCUAACUACCCUUUCUUUCAUUUUGAAUUUUCUCUCUCUCUUUCUUUCUUUCUUUCUUUCUUUCUUUCUCAAAGCGAUAUUCUUUCAUUUUCACUUUUUUGUUUGGUCCCUUUCUUUCUUAAUCACUGUUCUUUCGCUUUUAACUAUAUUUUCUUUCUUUCUUUCUUACUUUCUUUCUUUCUUUCUUUCUUUCUUUAUUUAUUUAUUUAUUAA